UCGCCAAAGAGGGCAAUGCACGAGAUUGUGACACUGCAAUUCGGCAGUCAGAGCAACUAUCUCGGGACGCAUUUUUGGAACACGCAGGAGUCGUAUUUCACAUACCCUCCCGAGCCCGAGUCACCCGUCAACCAUGAUAUCCUCUUCAGACAAGGCAUUGCUCCGGAUGGAACCGACACGUUCACCCCACGGACGCUCAUCUAUGAUCUCAAAGGUGCAUUCGGUAGCAUGAAAAAGGUCAAUGCUCUCUAUGAACGUGAAGAUGAGGUCAAUGUCGAAAAAUCUGGCGUAUGGCCAUCCAAACCCAUCAUCCAGCGUUUAGCUCCAAUCCAACAGUCGCCUUACCAGACACACCUGGACGCUGGCUUGGACCCACCGGCUCUGGAUGCCUCAACCGUCCGCUACUGGUCUGAUUACUCGCGUGUGUUUUACCACCCAAAGUCACUGGUCCAACUUUCCGAAUUCGACGUCAACGAUAAACUCAUGCCAUUCGAGAAAUGGGACGUGGGUAUGGACCUGUUCGAAAAGCUGGAGAGAGAAGACGACCUCGUUGACCGUGACCUGAGGCCUUUCAUUGAGGAGUGCGAUGGCGUUCAGGGUAUCCAAAUGUUCACUGGCGUGGACGAUGCAUGGGGAGGGUGGGCAAGUGGCUGGAUGGAGCGGCUUCGGGAUGAGUAUGGGAAGCUCAGCAUCUGGACAUGGGGAAUUGGGGAUCAAGGAGGAAACAUGAGCGUACCCAGGGAAAAGAGGCUGCAGCAGAUCGAGAAUGCUUCACGGUCACUUCAGGUCCUUGCUGAACAGUCAUCCGUCUAUGUUCCCAUCAACAAUAUCCCAAGGAACCAACCUGCCUAUCUCUCAAUAGACUCAAACUCGCCAUGGCAUGUUGGUGCCCUUCAGUGCCUGGCGCUGGAAAGCAUGACGAUGCCUUCUCGGCUUCGGAACUCCAACGGCCGGCGGGGUACACUUCAAGAUCUCGAAGACACAUUCAAUAGUACUGGGAAACGACGGAUAGCCAAGCUCUCCAUGAGUAUCGCAGAUCCAGAUGUGCUGUCAGAGAGGGUGACUGGCGAAAAUGUACAAGCGGAAAAGGCCGGAUCAACCGGCUCGCACCGGGCCAGCAGCGGAGAAGAAGACGAAUUGAGCGAGUACGAUAUUGACAUGUUCUCCAAAGACUACCGUAUAGGAGUGGCAAAAUCCGGGAAAAAGGAGCACGUAUUUGGUCGUGCCGAAGCUUCACGGGGCGACUGGAAUCUGGGUGAUGAACGGGACCCGCACGACAGGUUUGGUGACGGUCCAGCAAUCCAAAGGUUUUCCACGAGGCUGCUGUUCCCGCUUCUCGAUAGCUUUCCCUCUUCUGUCGUCGACGUUGGCUCUGCACCUAGAGAAAAGCUAGCGGUUCACACAGGGCUUACUACAAGCACAGCUGUUGCUGAUCAGGUGAGGUCACUCGAGCAAAUUGUACGCCGCAUGCACAUGGUGAGCAUCGAUGAGCGAGAGGCGCUUUGCAAUGGAUUACAGACAAUAGCGGAGGAAUAUGACGAAGGCUGGGACAGCGGUAGCGACAGCGAUGAGGAUGACUGA